UUGUCGAACUGGCUGUCCAAAUGGGGUUUAAUCGACAGGAGGGAGGCCAAGAGGUUGGGGAAAAUCAGCGCCUGGGCGGAAUUCGGCGAAUAUAGCGCGAGCUUCUCGUUUAAAGGUAGGGAUUUGAACGAAUUGAAUGGGGACAUGGUCGCGCUGUCGUCGACAAUCGAAAUCGCGCAUUUGAGAAGAAAUGGGUGCGGCUUGGAAGAAGAGAGGAUGAUGAAUCUGGAACUGGUCAUGGAAUCAUCUUCGGGUGGCAAAACUUAUACUUACGCUCUGGAUAUAUUUCCCUUUUCCAAGUCUUAUUUUUCCCCGAUGAAUGGGCAGCAAUCUUCUGGAGCUAGAGGUGAAGACUUAAAGAACCCAAAAGUUGUCUUCCUCGGCUGA